AUGCCAUGCUGUUGUACCAAUGCUACAUCCCUUAACAAUAAAAUGCCAGAAUUUCUAGCAUCAAUUGAGACAUACAAGCCUAAAACAAUCUUCGUUACAGAAACUUGGUGGCAUGAAUCAUCGAUAACUAACAUUGAAAAAUAUAUGUUAUUCAGAAAAGAUCGCGUGUACAGUAGAGAAGGUGAGGUGGCUAUUUAUGUCGACACUUCAUUAAAACCUAAUGAAGUAAGAAAAAUUGUUUUAUUAGAUUCCCCUGAACAAAUUUGGUGCGAAAUAUCGUACGGUUCCGAACACAUCCUUCUGGGUUGCAUAUACAGGCGACACAUGCUAGAUCCACUCGAGAAUAUUGAAACGUCCAUUAUUAAAGCAAAUGAACUUCUGUCUAUUAUAUACAGUGGCUUGUUAAUUUGUGGAGACUUUAAUUUGCCAGGGAUUAACUGGGAUUUUAGCAGUAUUCCAACUAUCAGCAACACAGAUACCUUUUCAAGUUCACAAUCUACAGAAGUUGUCCAGUUAGCUAGAGAGCUUGAAACAGAUUAUGGAAAAGAUAUUGUUGCAAUUGAACAAGACACACCAGCUACAGUAAGCAUUGGAAAACACCUAUUUGCUAUAAACUGUGUUGUACUUAAGGAUUGUAAUGGAAAAUACAUUAAAUGGAGUUAUAUAAGAGCUCUAUAUGAAAUAUAA